AUGACAAAUCAAUCUAGAGCUUCUGAUAUAUACAUUUUCGCAGAUAACAGCAGAACGCUGAUCCACAAACUCCAUGGACUAUUUAAGUUCAUGAAUGGAAAUGAAGCUCUUAUCAUACUAAUUGUAUUGUAAUAAAUUUUCCUUAAUUAUCUGAUUUAAUANAGCUACAGAAAAGUUGCUUGA